AUGUCUUCAGAGUGGCAACCGCUUGUUUUCCUUGCUGCUGUCGAACCAGACUCGCCGAGUUGGCCUUCAUUAUAUUGGCCACUCAGUGAGAGUAAAGUGAACCUUUGGUCUCCAAACGACAUGAUAAGGUUUACGCUUUACUGGACUAUAAUCUUUUUUGAAGUGAUAUAUGGUGUAGCAGGCUUAUGGGCAUUGGUAGUUUCUUGGCGAUACAAGUGGUCUUAUAUGAUUCCUGUUGCGUUCGUGGUCACAGCAUUGCUAACUGGAUCACUUAGCGGAAGUAUAGUAGGUGGCGUCCUUGCAGCACUCUAUGGGGCGGGCAAGUUUCCAAUGUCAACGUGGGUUCCGUUUCUAUGGGGUCUCGUUCAGGCUCUGAUUGUUGUAAUGGGCUGCUAUUCUACCGUCACAACAAUCUUGUAG